GCCAUCUCCAGUGUUAUAAUCAUCUUUGAAACAUGCUAGCUUGGGAGGCACUGACUUGACUGACUGACACUUUUGAUAAGGCUGCCCUGCCCUUUAACGACAUUUCGCUCACUAAAUUGUUUGACUUACAGCUGGACUGACGCUUGUUGUGGCCGCCGUCCUUGCAACCAAACCAACUCUAAAACGACUCAAGAGGAGACCUUGACGAGAGAAUGUGGCUGCCCUUGAUUGGAAUGACUGCCCUGCCACACCUCGGCGGGCUUUAUGGCGGGUACGUCACGCGCAAAGAGGUGAAGACCUGGUACCCCACCUUAGAGAAACCGUCAUGGCGGCCACCCAACGCAGCCUUCCCGGUGGUAUGGACCUGCCUGUACACAGGGAUGGGCUACGGCUCGUAUCUGGUUUGGAAGGAGCUGGGAGGUUUUACCGAGGAGGCGCUGGUGCCGCUCGGUCUUUACGGCGUGCAGCUGGCGCUCAACUGGGCCUGGACCCCCAUCUUCUUUGGGGCACACAAGCUCAAACUGGCCCUCAUCGAGAUCGUGCUUCUAACGGGUACCGUUGGCGCCACCAUGUGGUCGUGGUACCCCAUUAGCCGACCCGCCGCUCUGCUCAUGGCGCCCUACCUGGCCUGGCUGGGCUUGGCCACCUCGCUUUGCUACCGCAUUUGGAAGGACAACCCUGAGACCAAAGAUGAGUAGGAGACGCUUAACAUGACUUGCGCAAAGAACAAAGCACAUCAGCCUUAAUCUUUUUUUUUCUUUUUCUUUUGCACCUUUUGACUUUACUAGUUUAUUGACUCAUGUAUGAUUGAUUUCCUUCUUUCCGAACCAGCAACCUUUUGUCUUCACAACAACCUAAUCAUUGAAGUAUAUGACAGCACUAUACUCCUUUUAUGUUGUACUUCACCCAAUACAAAAAGUUAUUCCUAUUAUUGCACAGGUACCAAAAUAAGAUUCUGCUUGAAGUCCGUUUGGCUCAUUAAAACCAUGUCAUAUUGUGUACAACGGCACAUAUUUGCUUUUGUAUGAAGGCCAUUGAAUAAAUGAUUUCUGCUUGUAUUAAA